AUGACAAUUCCAGAUCCCUUGCAGCUGAGAGAAGGUUGGGAGAACGAGUCGACAGCAGCAAAUAAAUGGCCCCCCUGCAUGUACAUAGAUAUAAAUAACUAUCUGACUCGCAAGGACGAGCUAAACUUGCUAACAAAACUUGCUAACGACUAUAAAGAAGGAAAAGCAUUUAGCUAUUUUGCUUCUCAAAAUGCUUGGGUGAAGGAGGUUUUCUACCAUGAAGUUUCAAAAGAUUCCAAGAUAUGCUUCUUGAAAUGUGACUGCACGCCAUCACAACGAGUCAACAAUGUUCCACACAAUUUAUGGGUGUGUUUUGGGAAAGCAAGUGGUACCAUAUACAGUGCUUAUUGCACCUGCUUUGCUGGACUGGGUUCAACAUGCAACCAUGUCGCUGCAUUGUUGUUUAAAGUAGACUAUGCCUGGCAGCACGGAUUAACCAGUGCACACAAGAAGGCAUGUACCUCCAUGGAAAAUCAGUGGCUCACACCUGUGCUGAAGAGCAUCGAACCAAUGAAGCUUGAGGACAUGGUUUUUGCAAAACCACAUUAUACACCCAAAAGGCGAGAUGUGAAGCAGGGGUAUGCUGUUCGCAAACUAUUCUCGAAUGCCCCUCUGCUGUGGCCUUUCAGUAUGCCCUUCCUGAUGCCCAACCCACUUAUGAAGUUUAUGAUGACAUAA